AUGGAUGGUGCUGCUUACAAUGAAGCAGAGAUUCAAUUUCUAGCUUUAUUGAUGUCGCAGAAAAGUCAACCUAUUCCGUCAACUGUCGAGAGAGCAGAUACGACAAGUAUGAUGUUAAUAAAAGUCCCGUGCCUAAGGAAUAAAUGCCAUUUUGAGAUUACUGAGGAACUUGUAUCUGUGCACAGCAUGCAUGGAACAACAACAGGCAUAGAUAUUUUUAGAGAAGUGGAAAAGUCAGUGGCUGAGUAUAAUUUGGAAUGGAAAAAACUAAAAUGCAUAACAACAGAUGGUGGCAGAAAUAUGUGUGGAACCAAAAAGGGCUUAGUUGGGCAAAUUAACAAAGUAAUUGAGAAUUCCGGUGGAUUGAAAUCUUUGGUAUUGCAUUGUAUUCUUCAUCAGCAAGCACUGUGUGGAAAGCAUCUUGAUUUAUCAUCUGUAUUAGAUCCUGUGAUUUCCACUGUUAACUACAUAAGAUCUCAUGGACUCAAACAUCGCCAAUUUCGUGAUUUCUUGGAGGAAAUGAAUGCUGAGUUUCCAGACCUACCUUACUAUACUUCAGUGUUGCUCAAAGACAGUGAAUGGCUCUGGAAAUUAGCAUUUUCAGCCGAUUUAACUAUGCAUCUCAAUGAUUUCAACUACGGAUACAAGGUGAAGCUUCACUCAUCUGUGAUUUGUACUCAAAGACAGGAAGCUGCCACUCCAUUUCAAAACUUGUUUGCUCAAGAUGUCAUUUUAGCUUUGAAACAACAGUUUGAAGAACGUUUUUCUGAUCUUGAUGCAUGUUCUUCAAAACUAAGAAUUUUUGAAAAUCCAUUUAACUCUGUUAUUGGAGACUUACAUUCUGAGUUACAAAUGGAAGUUAUUGAUUUGCAAUCCAAUGACAUCCUGAGGACAAAUAUAAAGAGGGAAAUUUGA